AUGGUGUAUGUGCAGGGGCUGGGUUGGGCUGAUCAGUCAGUGGGUCUGAUAUUCACACUCUGCGGAGCGGUGCUCUUGAUCAUUCUCACAUCCUCAGUCGAUGGCCAACUUUGUUCAAAGAGGCCCGUCCACAUCUUCAACUUUGGCGACUCCAACUCGGACACGGGUGGACUCGCCGCCGGACUCGGCUACUCCGUCAAUCCCCCCAACGGCCGUACCUUCUUCAGCAGCUCCACCGGUCGCCUCUCCGAUGGACGCCUCAUCAUCGACCUCCUCUGCCAGAGUCUGAAUGUGAGUCUAUUGAGUCCAUACCUAGACUCUUUGGCAGGCUCCAACUUCUCAAAUGGGGCAAACUUUGCCGUUGUCGGGUCCUCUACCAUGCCGAAGCGUGUCCCUUUUUCUUUGAGCAUUCAAGUCAUGCAGUUCAUCCACUUCAAGGCUACUGCAGGUUUCAAACAUUUGAUAAAUGAUGAAGGUUUUCGGAAAGCACUUUACAUGAUUGAUAUCGGACAAAAUGACCUUUCUGAUUCUUUCACUAAAGACCUUUCAUACGUUCAAGUAACAGAGAGAAUUCCUUCAGUUAUUGAAGAAAUCAAGAGUGCCGUUAAGGCUUUAUACGAUCAAGGUGGAAGGAACUUUUGGAUACACAACACCGGGCCGUUGGGUUGUCUCCCUCAAAAACUUUCAUUAGUUGAGAAGAAGGAUUUGGAUUCAUAUGGAUGUCUUUCGAGUUACAAUGCGGCUGCGAGAUCGUUCAAUGAAGCAUUGCUUGAUUUGUGCAACGCGAUGAGAUCUGAAUUGAAGGAUGCUGUGAUAGUUUAUGUGGAUAUAUACGCCAUCAAGUAUGAUCUCAUUGCCAACUCCACCAAAUACGGUUUCUCUAUGCCGCUAAUGGCAUGCUGUGGCAACGGAGGUCUGCCAUACAAUUUCAAUGUCAGGGGGCUCUGCGGUCAACCUGGCUCUCAUGUUUGCGACGAAGGAUCCCGAUUUGUGAGCUGGGAUGGAAUUCAUUACACCGAAGCUGCAAACACCAUCGUGGCCUCAAAGAUACUUUCCACGAAUUAUUCCACACCACGCAUUCCAUUUGAGUUCUUUUGUGGCAGCUAG